UGUUCUUUCUUUAUCCUUCCCUGGUAACUCCUCCCACUUCAUGAAAAAUAGCACAUAGUUCACAGUUUCAUUAUCUUCCAUUCCACACUAUCACCAUUUUGAGUUCUUCAGCAUCUCUGCAAUACCAAGAAAAGAUGGCAGCAGAAGCAAUUCUCUCUGCUUUUGUUAAAACAGUGUUGGGGAACUUGAAUUCUCUACUUCUGCAAGAGUUUGGAUCAGCGUGGGGUGUCAAGAAAGAGUUGGGGAAGCUCGAAAGCACGUUGUCAACGAUCCAUGCAGUGCUUCAAGAUGCAGAGGAGCAGCAAGUGAAGAACGAGGCAGUGAAGAAUUGGCUAAAGAAGCUUAAGGACGCGACCUAUGUUGCAGAUGACUUGAUAGAUGAGUAUGCAAUAGAAGCUUUUCGACGGAAAGUGAGGACUCAGUCUGCUACGGUGAAUCGGGUACGCAACUUCUUUUCUUUUCCAAACUCACUUGUAUUUUGCCUGAGGAUGGGGAGUAGGAUAAAGGAAAUUGGGGAGAGAUUAGAUGGGAUUGCAGCGGAGAGGUUGAAGUUCCAUUUGAGAGAGGGAGUUGUAGAUCGGCCAGGCAAUACUGAAGAGGAACUACAAACCGCCUCUUUUGUGAUCGAGUCAGAAGUUUAUGGUAGAGAGAAAGAUAAGGAGAAAAUCGUAGAGUUGUUGAUUCAUGUCAGUACUCAAGAAGAUGUCUCGAUCAUCCCCAUAGUCAGUAUGGGGGGCCUUGGGAAGACCACACUUGCUCAAUUCGCUUACAAUGAUGAGAGGGUAGCGAAGCAUUUCGAGCUGAGAAUGUGGGUUUGUGUGUCAGAUGACUUUGAUGUGAGGAGGCUAACAAAAACAAUUUUAGAGUCUGCUACCGAUGGUAAACAUGAUCUCCUAGAAUUGGAUUUACUGCAGCGUCGCCUCCAAGAAAAGCUACGUGGGAAGAAGUUUUUACUUGUGUUGGAUGACGUGUGGGAUGAAAAUCCCGAGAACUGGGAUCAGUUGAAACAAUUUCUCAGAGGUGUGAGGGGUAGUAAAAUCAUAGUAACUACUCGUAGUGAAAAAGUUGCUUCGAUCAUGGGCACUGUCCCUCCAUACCAUUUGCCAAGACUAUCAGAGGAUGAUUGUUGGUCUCUGUUUAUGCAGCGAGCAUUUGGGCAUGGAAGACAAGAACCUCCAAUCCUCGUAAUGCACGCAAAGGAAAUUGUAAAGAAGUGUGGGGGAAUCCCUUUGGCAGCAAAGGCAUUGGGUGGCUUGAUGCGCUUUAAAACAGAUGAAAGAGAGUGGUUGUUUGUCAAAGAAAGUGAAAUUUGGAAUAUACCUGAAGAAGAGAAUGACAUUUUACCUGCUCUGAGAUUGAGUUAUUUUCAUCUUUCAUCGCAUUUGAAGCAAUGCUUUGCAUACUGCUCAAUAUUUCCAAAAGAUCAUAUAAUCGAUAAGAAGAAACUAAUCCUAUUAUGGAUGGCAGAAGGUUUCAUUCAACCAUCUGAUGGAAGUAAACAAAUGGAAGAUAUCGGUGGAGAGUAUUUCAAUAAUCUACUGUGGCGGUCCUUCUUUCAGGAUGUUAAGAAAGAUGAAGAUGGGAAUAUAUUAUGGUGCAAGAUGCAUGACCUUGUGCAUGAUCUUGCAUGCUCUGUUGCAGGGAACAAAUGCUCAAUUGUGCAGGUGAAGAAUGCAGUGAGUAUCCCUGACAUAUCUCGCCGUUUGCUCAUGUUGUGUGAGUGUUAUGAAUUGGUCCUAACAGUCCCAAAGGCCUCAAGGAAAGCAAACCAUUUGCGAACACUGCUUCUGGAUGGAAGACAGACUUUCAGCGUCCCCCGUAAUCUUUUAACACAUUUCAUGUGCUUACGGGUGUUAGAUUUAAGUUUAGCGUGUGUCACUACGGAGAUGUUGGUUUCAAUUAGCAGUUUGAAGCACUUAAGAUACCUCCACAUGUCCUGUAUUCAAAUACGAGCCCUUCCUAAAUCCAUUAGCACCCUUCACCAUUUGCAAACCUUGAUACUCUCGGGGUGUCAUAAUCUUGCAGAAUUACCCAGGGACAUGAGCAAAAUGACUAGCCUAAGACAUCUUGAAAUGAGUCGAUAUAAUAAAUUGACACAUAUGCCAGCUAAUAUGGGAGAAUUAAAGUUCCUUCAGACCUUGUCAAUAUUCAUUGAUGGUAAGGAUAGUGGAUGUGGUAUGAGAGAGCUGCAAGGCCUAAACCUUGGAGGAAAAUUGACUAUUCGAAACCUCGAGAAUGUGAUGUGUGCAGCAGAUGCCCAGGAAGCAAACUUGAAGGACAAGCCGAACCUUUGUGAGUUACGCUUUUCAUGGGGUCAGGAUAUUGAUCUUCAGUUGGAAGGAAAUGUCGAGCAAACCCUUGAAGGUCUCCGACCACAUCGAAAUCUCAAAAGGUUGACUGUGGAAGAGUACAUGGGUGUCAGAUUUCCACAUUGGAUGAGCUCUUCAUUGCUUCCGAAUCUGAUUGAAGUUUCACUGAUUAAUUGCAGAAGAUGCGAACAGCUCCCCCCGCUCAGCCAUUUACCACUCCUGAAGGUUCUUGUGAUACGUGGAAUGGAUGCUGUGAAGUCUAUUGGAAAGCAUUUCUAUGGCGACGAUGUCACAGAGGCAUUCCCAUCACUGAAACAACUCAACAUCCAAGAUAUGCCUAAUUUAGAGGAGUGGUCAGGAUCCAAUGGAAGAGUACUCCCCUGCCUUAACCGAUUAACUGUCUGGGGAUGUCCAAAGUUUACAACACUUCCAUGCCUUCCAUCUCUAAAAGAAUUGGAAUUGACGGAUGGUAAAGAGAUGUUGUUAGGUUCAGUGGCAAACCUAUCCUCACUUUCCUCCCUUUGGGUUCAAGGUUUCAAGGAGUUAAGGUCGCUGCCAGAUGGGUUGUUUGAAAACCAUACCCAUCUCUUGAGCCUAGAAAUUAGGGAAUGCCCAAAGGUAGAGUCUGUAUCUAGGAAGCUUGGAAACCUUGCUGCUCUAGAGUCUCUGUCUAUUUAUAGGUGUGAUAAGCUGCCAUUGUUGCCAGAGGAGUUACAAAACCUCAGCUCUCUCCAUAAGCUGUGGAUUGACUGGUGCGAUGGUCUAACGUCCUUGAGACUCCAAGGCUUGAGCUCUCUUCAAGAUCUAUUAAUCGAGGGGUGUCAAAGCAUAACGAGUUUGAUAGGGGGACUGCAACACCUCACUGCCUUACAAUACUUGCUCAUUAAUGAUUGUCCGGAGCUGGAAUAUUUACCAGAGGGUAUGCAACACCUUACUUCCCUUCGAAAACUCACCAUCAGGACCUGUCAGAAGUUGACAUGUUUGCCGGAAGGGCUACGACAUGUCACAAAACUGGAAGAUCUAUCAAUCGGUACGUGGCCAAAUGGAAUGACUCCGCCGGAGUGGAUAGGAAACCUGUCCUCGCUUCGACGUUUGGAGAUUAACCAUUGUGAUAAAUUGACGUGUUUGCCAUCAGGGCUGCAACUCCUAACAAACCUCCAACAGCUACACAUAUGGCAUUGGCCAAGUCUAACAGCUCUUCCGGAGUGGAUAGGAAACCUCUCCUCACUUCGAUAUUUAUACAUUUGGGGUUGUGAUAAAUUGGAGUGUUUGCCAUCAGGGUUGCAACUCCUACCAAAUCUCCAACGCCUAAGAAUCACAGACCGUCCCCAAUUAGAGAAGCGAUGCAAGAAGGAGAAAGGAGAGGAUUGGCACAAGAUAUCACACAUCCCAUAUAUUGAAAUUGGAUAUCCCAAAUUUCAAUCCCGGAGAGAAGGCAAAUGGCGUGGACGUCUGCUGGAGUUGAAGAGGAAAUGCAUCAACGCUCUCCUUCCUACCUCUUCUUCCAACUAACAUUUAAACACCAUAAUUUAAUCAAGGAAUGCAAGUGGGACUCGAACAAAUGAGAUGGAGAAGGGGCGUAGCAGCACAUGUGCACUAUCCUUGUACAGUUGUAGGAGAACGAGCAAAGGGCAGCUGGUGGUGGUUGAACUAAAAAUCAGGCCAGCCUGCUUUUCAGGUUGCAACUUAAUAAACUUUGAAUGUCUACAAAUCUAUGGCUGUCCCCAUUUAUAGAGGCAACGCGAGAAGGAGAAAGGUGAUGAUUGGCACAAGAUAGUACACAUCCCAGAUAUUCAGAUUGGAUAGCCAUCCAAUUAUAGCUUGAUUUUUUUCGAAGAAAGAACCAAGCUAUAAACUGGGCAUGCAGCUUAAGGGAGGGGAAAGGAGGAGAGAUCAGGAGGGACCCCUGAACUAGUGUUGAUCUACAUGACAGUCCAAAGAUGUGAGCUGGAUCAUUCUUCCAUGAAGCUUUCCUCUCCUCCCACUCAUAACAAUAAAGGCAAAAUGAACAAUGCAAAAGAUUCAGUCUGCUCCCAAAAAUCCUUUUUCCUUCAUGAUUAACUUCGUGGCCAGUCAUGUGUGGUGGAUGUAGGUUGGUUGUAGCACACAUGCCAACUUAGGCUGAUGAUAAGCAAAAACUAUGACAUGAUGUUGGUGACCUACAUCAGGCAUCCAUCUCUCUGUUCUAAUAUUAAAGGAAUGGGCCAAAAGAGGGAAGCAAUGAUUGACUGAGGACAGCCAGCAUCCCCACGAUGGAGAAUGACCAUAGAAAGAUCUGUCCACAUUGAAGAAAGCUCUCUUGACUUGCAUUGGGAACUGGACACUUAGAAUGCCUAAGAUGAGAAGCAACAAUAGCUGGUGAAUGCCAACACUAAGGAUAGAAGCAUCUAUGAACAAAGCUUUCUCACCUAUGGCCGCAAGGAGGAGAGGACUACAUCUUGGAGGAACUAUCUCUCUGGAGCAUUGAACUCAUCGAUUGUGACCUUUUUGUCACUGUUGGCAUCCAUCCAAUUGAAAAAUCUCAUCAAGCUUUCCAAGUUCAGUUAUGUCUGCUGGAAGGGAGUCUUCUGGCAAGGCCUAUAUGGAUUUCAGUUAGAUGAUCUUUUCUACCACGUCCAAAGUAAAACCAUAGAGAAAUGCUAAGGUGAUUCAUGUGCAAGCAGAUGGAAGAGGCAGAGAUUCAAGUCACAUAUGCAUGUCUUCUUUCAGUGAUUUGAGUAGUCCUUAAAAGAUAUUCAGGGAUUAAGUACCUGAGAAAGUACAAAAAGGAAUGACGAAAUUCUGAAAAUAAGAUCUAGAUUGUGCUUUGUUGACCAUCAGGAAUAUACAUGUGUUGGAUUUGCGAAAUCGGUUACAGCUUUUGCAAGAAAUGGUCACAGAUGAGAAGUAUAGAUUGAGCUGUUGAACCGUCUCAGGAAAUGUCAAUAGUGCAGCCCAAUUCAGAGUAAUGGAUGAAUCUCUGAUGAAAUCUCUUCAUUCACAUCGAGAACACUAGAGACAUCACUGUUGGCAGUUAACUAAUCAUGGCAAUAUAUGGGAGCUAGUGAAGAUCUCAACUUUUCGAUGGCUCAAUGAGAUGCCGCAUACUUGAAGUUUCAGAUACAGGUCGAAUCUUGAUCUCCAAUCUUCCCAUCGAUAACCUGGCUACAAUUUUGCACCUUCCAACAAAUACCAUUCUAUGAACGGAUUGGACAAAAGUUCCAUCCAAUACAACUGCUUGGAUUAGAGAAGCCAGACCUGGUACCUUUCAUCCCUUCCAUGUUCAAGUAUUUGAGGGAAAGGGGGAUGCAAGAGAAAAGGUUGUCAACUUUGCAAUUGAGGCUCUGUGGCUUAGUCCAUUCAUGGAUGUGGCCCACAAGACUGCAUGGACAAAUGAUCAAGACCACCACCCAUCUGCUUGCCCCUACCAUUCUGGGUGAUUGUACAGAAGAUGGAGAAUCUGUGCUACCUGAUUUCAGUUGCAUAGUCAGAUUAUGAAGACCAGCAUCCACACACACCAACUUUUUGGGGGUGAUUGUACAAAAAACAUGUGGAUAGGAGAAUCCUAGCUGCCCAAUUUUCUCUGUUAAAAGGGAUAUUUAUCAGUUUGUACAAAAAUGGCUGAUUUUUGUCAUCACUCAUUUGCUUGAAGGCUCUUACUCAGAUGGAUAGGAUUGUCCAAUUGAUGUGAUAUUUAUACAGUUCCCUGUGGCCAUAGGCUUAUAAGAUUGACAUACCAGAUGAUCCACCCAUGAGCCAUGCAGGCCCAAUCAAGCAGUAGACCCUCUGACAUAAUGGCAGGCUCCAAAUCGAAAAUGAAGCAAUAGGCCUCUCAAAUUCUAUGUCAAUGUCGGGCAAUCCCAUGUUCAAAAGGGAUUCUUCAGAUCGAGCAUGGAUGUUCUUCGUUGCUAGCAAGUUUAUCAGCUGUUAUGCUUCACGAGUAGGUUUCAGGAUGCAAUGGUCACUUUACUAGCUGUUUGUAAUUCUAUCCUUGUGUUGAGUUUAGAAGGGUAAAGUAUAAAUGGAUGUUUAAGCAGAGGAAGAAAGAGAGAUUGUAUUUAUUUUAGAACGCAUGUAAAAAA